AUGGCCCACGGCGCUCCGGACGAACCCGUCGGCAAGGUGGAAGAGAAGCGCCCCAAGGCGCCAGUCGGAUCCAGAAGGAUAUUUCCGCCACAGUUCAAGUUGCAGGUGUUGGAUUCAUAUCGUCAAGACUCCGAUUGCCAAGGGAACCAGCGAGCAACGGCCCGCAAGUACGGUAUUCACCGCCGUCAGAUACAGAAAUGGUUGCAGACAGAGAACAGCCUGCGGUUGGCUGUGCAACAAGCUUCUGGCGCUCCAAAACCCCCGAAAAUUGCUGCUUCUUCUGCUGCUGUAACAGCGGUCGCUAUUGCUGCAGCCAUUGUAGAUACUACAUCGGGUUCGGACAGCGAUGUUAAUGUCGAAGACUUAUCCGACACCGAAGACUCAGCUCUUGAUUUGUCUACUACUUGCUUAGAUCUCACUAAGCGCAAACGCGAAGAAGAGGAUCUCGAUCCGAGCAAGAGGCGACCUUUGGUUCCAGUCACGCCUACUGAACGACCCUUAUAUGUCAGCCCUAUCAGAUAUCCCUACGUUGAUUAUCCGAUGUUCUACUGUUGGCCGCCGUGUUGUUACAGGCCACCGUGCUAUGUAGAGCGACCUGUACCCCAAAGACUGACUUGUUCGUUGGAUUUGAAGGUGUGCACUUAUGAACAAAAGGAACCUUCUCUUUUGGACAUAUCGUACCCUCAACAUUGGAACAAACAGGACUACAGGUUUCCAAGUUCAGUAUAA